AUGGGCAACGCUGAGUCAAGGCCGGAUUUUAAACAAGCUGUAAUCGAGCUUACUUCCAAAGACUCUACAGCUUCCUUGGCUUUCUGGGAUCAAUUUUGGGUAUCGGCCAACGCACAGACUCCUAAGGAUGUCUUUGCUUUGAUAACUCCGAAUCAGAUUGCGGAACUGAAGUCCCAGUCCCCGACUAACUUAGCUACUUUGAUUCAUCGGGCAGUUGAUUGUCUGCGGAAUGCUCGAGAUGCCUCCGUGCCCAGUACUGAUCAUAAAAAGGUACUUACACUUUUAUGCUACCUAAAUGUAGUUUUUUCAGACUUAUAAAUACUGGUUAUUUUAGGUGUUGAAUUGUGUUCGACUUCUAACUCGACUUGUUCCAUUUCUCUUCGAGGAUUCAGAAUGGAGAGAACUGUUUUGGUCUCCAUUACCCUCGGAGGACAUUCCAUUAGCCAGUGUUCUCCUCGGAAUUUUAUCCGAUCUAUUGUUUUGUCCAGAUUUUACCGUUUCUCCGUUCUCUAAUCGUCCUGUAAGUAGUGUGAAAAUGGUUUUAUUGUAUGUUUAGGACGGCCCCCAAACGUUGGAUGGGUUGGAUAGUUGCGAGUUUAUUUGGCAAGCUGGCGUUGGUUUUGCCAAUAAGACUACAAUAAAUUCCGUUCAUGACUCCAACAGGACUGAGAUUCUUCGACUACUUUUGGCUCUUUUUAGUGAAGUGAUUUACAUCCCUGUUACAGGUAUUUAUUCUGACUUUUAUUUUUUACUCUUGGCCCACUUGUUUUAAUUUCUUUAGAUGAAUCUCGAAUGCGAUGGGUUUCCCGGUUUUCAUCAGCUGAGAAUCGUCAUGUUCUUCCAUUGUUCACUUCUUUAUUGAACAUCGUAUGUUCUUAUGAUCCCGUUGGGUAUGGUCUUCCCUACAACUACUUACUGGUUGGUGACUCACGCGAACCCUUGGUACAAACAGCUCUCCAUGUUCUCAUUGUUUGUUUGGAUCGCGAUUCUCAACCAUCUAAUGACGAGACUGGAUAUGUGGAGAACUUUUUUGUCAAUUAUUUAUCAAGGUUACAUCGGGAAAACGAUUUUGAAUUUAUUCUGAAAGGAAUAAGCAGACUUCUGAACAAUCCACUGCAAUCAUCUUACCUUCCAAACUCGACGAAGAAGGUCGGAUUCCAUCAGGAGCUUCUUGUUUUAUUAUGGAAAUGUUGUGAAUAUAACCAGGUAAGGAACUGAAAUUUUUUCAUUGCAUUUUUUUAGAAAUUUAUGUUCUAUGUAUUGAAAACGAGUGAUGUCCUGGAGGUCCUUGUGCCGAUCUUGUAUCAUCUACACGAUUCCAGAUCCGAUCCUUGUAAGUUUUAAAGGUUAUUACAUUGAUUUUGUUUAGCUCGUGUGGGUCUGAUUCACAUGGGGGUCUUCCUGAUCUUAUUGUUAAGUGGAGAACGGAACUUUGGAGUUCGGUUAAACAAACCGUUUUCAUCCCGGGGCGUCAUAAACUUACCCAUGUUCACUGGAACUCAUGCAGACCUCCUAAUUAUUGUAAGUUAUACUUGUAAUUUAAAAUUAUUCUUUAGGUGUUUCAUAAAUUGAUUACGACUGGAAAUCAUAAACUUCAAUCCCUCUUUGAUUGUUUGUUGACCAUCAUAGUUAACAGUAAGUUUGUUCAACGAAAAAUAUAUUUUUCUAGUAUCCCCAUACUUGAAGACCUUAUCCAUGACGACUGCUAACAAGUUGGUCCAUCUCGUUGAGGCGUUUGGUACCCCAUGGUUCUUAUUUUCGUCGAAAACAAAUCAUCAUCUUAUCUUUUUCUUACUCGAGGUGUUCAAUAACAUAAUCCAAUAUCAAUUUGAUGGCAAGUUUGCCAAAUUUUAAUUAGUCAUUAUUUUUAGGUAAUGCUAAUCUUAUAUAUACAAUUAUCCGGAAGCGGCAAGUGUUCUAUCAACUGGCCAACCUCAGUUCCGAUCCAACUUCGAUCCAGCAAUCCUUAAAAGGACGUAGAGGAAAGGUUUCUGAUACAGAGAAAGAAAAGGAGAAAUCAUCUCCUCAAACACUCGAGGAGAAGCCAACUCUUCAAUCGACACUUGCAGCUACUCCUGAGAUCAGUGUAAUGACAGAUAAAGGAGUUGGAAUAGAUGCCGAAAAGGAGAAGACCGAAGAAGAAUGGCGUCCAACUUCUGAGUGGGUGGAAGGGUGGAAGAGUAAACUUCCACUGCAAACAAUUAUGAGAGUAUUGCAAGUGCUGGUCCCUCAAGUUGAGAAGAUCUGUAUUGACAAGUAAGAUGACUGUUAUUUAAGAAUUAUUAUGAUUUAGAGGGUUGACUGAUGAAAGUGAAAUCAUCAAAUUCCUCCAACAUGGAACACUUGUGGGCCUUCUUCCAGUUCCUCACCCCAUUUUGAUUAGAAAGUACCAGAGUAAUUCCGGCACGAAUCAUUGGUUCCGGACUUAUAUGUGGGGAAUAAUUUACUUAAGGUAAGUUUAACCACUAUGGAAAAUUAAUGUUUUUAGAAAUGUCGACCCUCCAAUUUGGUAUGACACUUCCGUCAAUCUCUUUGAAAUCCAAAAAGUUAACUAG